CCGCCUGUCCCCAUCGCCCGUUUUUGCUCGAUUUUGGGAAAUUCUUGGGUCGCUGCAGGAAUUCGGGAUUUUUUUCUGAGAGGGGGGUGUUUGGGUAUCUCUCCCCGGCGUCCGCUGCCUUGCUCCACCUGCCCUUGCGCCUUUUUUCUUCUUUUCCCCUGUCUGUCUCUCCCACCAAACCCGGGCUGAUGUGCUGUGCGAGAGGCUGGAAAUGGAAGUGUUGAUGCUCUGGCUUUUCCCCUGGAUAUUUCAGUGCGUUUCGGUGCGGGCGGACUCCAUCAUCCACAUUGGUGCCAUUUUCGAGGGCAAUGCUGCCAAGGACGACGAGGUGUUCAAGCAGGCGGUGUCGGAUCUGAACCUCAAUGACGACAUCCUCCAGAGCGAGAAAAUCACUUACUCCAUCAAGCUCAUAGAGGCCAACAACCCCUUCCAUGCGGUGCAGGAAGCCUGUGACCUGAUGACCCUGGGGAUCUUGGCCUUAGUGACGUCCACUGGCUGUGCCUCAGCCAACGCCCUGCAGUCCCUGACGGAUGCCAUGCACAUCCCACACCUCUUUGUCCAGCGGAACACAGGAGGCUCCCCCCGCACCGCCUGCCACCUGAACCCCAGCCUGGAGGAGGAGGAGUACACGCUGGCCGCCCGCCCGCCCGUCCGCCUCAACGACGUCAUGCUCAAACUGGUCACUGAGCUGCGGUGGCAGAAAUUCAUAGUGUUCUAUGACAGUGAUUAUGAUAUACGUGGGCUGCAGGGAUUUCUCGAUCAGGCCUCAAGACUGGGACUUGAUGUAUCGUUACAAAAAGUGGACAGGAACAUCAGCAGAGUAUUUUCCAACCUUUUUACGACCAUGAAAACAGAAGAGCUGAACCGCUAUCGGGACACAUUGCGGAGAGCUAUCUUACUGCUGAGCCCACGGGGAGCCCAGACUUUUAUUAAUGAGGCUGUGGAAACCAACCUUGCAUCAAAGGAUAGUCACUGGGUCUAUGUAAAUGAGGAAAUCACUGAUAAUGAGAUAUUAGAGUUGGUACAUAGUGCUCUGGGGAGGAUGACAGUGAUCCGGCAAAUUUUCCCUCUCUCAAGGGACAACAACCAGAGGUGCAUGAGGAACAAUCACCGAGUAUCGUCCCUGCUGUGCGACCCGCAGGAAGGCUACCUUCAGAUGCUGCAGGUUUCCAACCUGUACCUCUAUGACAGUGUGCUCAUGCUGGCCAAUGCUUUCCACAGAAAACUGGAGGACAGGAAAUGGCACAGCAUGGCAAGCCUGAACUGCAUGAGGAAAUCCACCAAACCUUGGAAUGGAGGGAGAUCCAUGCUAGAGACUAUUAAGAAGGGCCAUAUAACUGGGCUUACUGGUGUUAUGGAGUUCAGAGAAGAUGGUGCCAACCCCUAUGUUCAAUUUGAAAUCCUGGGCACAAGCUACAGUGAAACCUUUGGCAAAGAUGUGCGGAGGUUGGCAACGUGGGACUCUGAGAAAGGACUGAACGGCAGCCUACAAGAGAGACGUCUGGGCAACGACUUACAAGGAGUGACACUCAAAGUGGUGACUGUCUUGGAAGAACCUUUUGUGAUGGUGGCGGAGAACAUACUCGGGCAGCCAAAACGAUAUAAAGGAUUUUCCAUUGAUGUCCUGGAUGCACUUGCCAAGAAUCUAGGCUUCAAGUAUGAGAUAUAUCAAGCUCCUGAUGGCAAAUACGGACACCAGCUCCAAAACAGCUCAUGGAAUGGCAUGAUUGGAGAACUUAUUAACAAGAGAGCAGACCUGGCCAUCUCAGCCAUCACCAUAACACCCGAACGAGAGAGCGUCGUGGACUUCAGCAAGCGCUACAUGGACUAUUCUGUGGGCAUCUUAAUCAAAAAGCCCGAAGAGAAAAUCAACAUCUUCUCUCUCUUUGCCCCUUUCGACUUCGCGGUGUGGGCCUGCAUCGCCGCAGCCAUCCCCAUAGUCGGCGUCCUCAUCUUCGUCCUGAACCGCAUCCAGGCAGUCAGGGCACAGAAUGCUGCCCAGCCCAGCCCUUCUGUGUCCUCCACCCUCCACAGUGCCAUCUGGGUUGUGUAUGGAGCCUUUGUUCAGCAAGGGAGUGAAUCCACUGUCAAUUCUGUGGCAAUGCGCAUUGUAAUGGGAAGCUGGUGGCUCUUCACCCUUAUCGUGUGCUCUUCCUACACAGCGAAUUUAGCAGCAUUUCUCACAGUAUCAAGGAUGGAUAAUCCCAUCAGAACGUUUCAGGAUCUGUCCAAACAAAUGGAUAUUUCUUAUGGUACAGUCAGGGAUUCAGCAGUGUAUGAAUACUUUAAAGCAAAAGGGACAAACCCUUUGGAGCAGGAUAACACAUUUGCUGAACUGUGGAGGACUAUCAGUAAGAAUAAUGGGGCAGAUAAUUGCGUAUCGAACCCUUCUGAAGGCAUCAGGAAGGCCAAGAAAGGAAAUUACGCUUUCCUGUGGGAUGUGACAGUGGUGGAAUAUGCUGCGCUGACAGAUGAUGAAUGCUCUGUGACAGUCAUUGGAAACAGCAUCAGCAGCAAAGGAUAUGGGAUAGCACUUCAGCAUGGAAGUCCCUACAGAGAUCUUUUCUCCCAGAGGAUCCUAGAGUUGCAAGAAAGUGGAGAUUUGGAUGUUCUUAAACAGAAAUGGUGGCCACGGAUGGGACGUUGUGACCUGAAUAGCCAUACCAAUGCACAGACAGAUGGGAAGGCACUCAAGCUUCACAGUUUUGCAGGCGUUUUCUGCAUUUUAGCAAUAGGCCUUCUUCUUGCUUGCUUGGUGGCAGCAUUGGAGUUGUGGUGGAACAGCAACCGUUGUCAUCAAGAAACACCGAAAGAGAUACAGCAUGGGCAGCAGCAGUGCAAACUUCCCCUCAUUGCCCCACCAAUGUGCCUCAACCCUGACCUGGAGAGACCACCUUUAGGGGACAAAGAAGUGAAUCUGGAGCAGGUCCACAGGCGCAUGAACAGUUUAAUUGACGAAGACAUAGCCCACAAGCAAAUCUCUCCAGCGUCCAUUGAAAUCUCAGCCCUGGAGAUCGGUGGCAUGCAGCCAGCCCAGACCCUGGAGCCCGUGCGCGAGUACCAGAACACGCAACUUUCUGUCACCACCUUUUUACCAGAACAGACAACUCAUGGUGCCAGCAGGACACUCACAGCUGCCUCCGGCAGCAACCUGCCGCUGCCCCUGAGCAGCUCAGCCACCAUGCCCUCCAUACAGUGCAAACACAGGUCACCAAACGGAGGACUAUUUCGUCAGAGCCCCGUGAAAACCCCCAUCCCAAUGUCAUUCCAGUCCGUGCCGGGGGGAGUCAUUCCAGAAGCGAUGGAGCCCUCGCACGGAACAUCCAUAUGACGAAAACAAACAGUAAAACAACCAGCAGAGCUUUUUAAUACAAAAAUUUAAAAGGAAAAAAAAAAAAAAAAAAAGCAAACAAACUCUUACGUUUUUCUUGUAUAUACUUGUAAAUAAUGAAAGAAUGAAGUGGGGUAAAAGUGUAUUUUGAAUAUUCCCAAUUUUCGAAGUAAGUAAAAAACAAAACAAAAAACAAACAAAAAUGUAUGAAUGACUUUGUAAAUUUUGUUCUAUAUGAAUAAAAAGGCAAAUUACUUGUGGUUGUUCUCAAGUGCCAAAGAAGACCUGUUACUGGGACUGAGGGCCAUACUUUUCUUUUUCUCCAUAUAUUUCAACACUUAUUCCCUUACAGGUUUGGGUUUUUUUAAGAGCAAAAAAAUUAUCUGUUUCUUGCUAGAAAAAUUCACCAUAUCAGAUCUCUCCUUUCCCCAGAACCCUAUUUUAUAGUCAAGAUGACAAUUCACUUGGAGAACUUAACAGCUGGUAUUAGCAUAGCAGUAACAAAUGUUUUAAAGGUGAAUUAUAACUAAAAUCCAACAAAAAAUAAACAGAAAAAAAAAGAGAAUUUUUUCCUUCUAACAAGGAUUUAAACUUCCACACUGUUUCUAAGUUUAAGCACAGGAUUAUUGGAUUGAGUUUUUACAUGUCUGCUCUGCUGUGUGGCUCUUUUUGUUUAACUUUCUGUGUUUUGUUAUACAUAUAUAUAAUAUAUAUUAUAUAUAUUAUGACGUAUAUAUUAUAUAUAUAUAAACACUUUGAUGAACAACACGUUUUAGGUUAAGGGGAAAGCUUUUAAGAAAAACUCCUCAGCUUUUUUUUUUGUUUCUUAUGUACAUGACUGAAAAUGGGGAGGAACCAAUGGAGUGAGGCAAGGAGGAACUGUAAGGGCAGGAGAUAAUGGUGUUGCAGUGACUGUGCCCUCUGGUGCCAUUUCUUUCUUUAAGAUUUCAAUGAAUUUGUUGCAUAAUGGAUGCAAUGCUCUCUGUUGAAGUCAUAUCCCUGAAUGGCAAGGCUAAGCUCAUGACUACAAGCACAGCUCUGCUUUCUUUUUCCAUUGAUUUUGUAGAGAGAAACAUUUUAAUAGCCAUAUCUAUAAUUGUGGUAGAAAUGGAUGUAAAAACCCUUUUUUUUUUUGUCUGUGAAACACAGAGGACAAAGAUAGAGCAACACAUAUAGUGAGUUUAAUGUCUUGUUCUGCAAAUAUUACCAGUGCAAUUUCAUAAGACAGAAAAAAAAUCAAAUCAAAACCUAACGCAUUGUUUCCUUCCCAAAUACUAGCUUGAAUGCCAAACAUGAUGGCUCCCUGCUCCCCCACCUAUGCUUAAUGGACCAUCGCUCUCUUUCAAAAUGGGGAUAAUUUAGUGUCUUCUCAAAUGUAUCCCUAUAACUAGGUUGUAAUUUCCCUUCCCAGCUGGAUUUCUUCACUUUAUUAGAACACUGCUAUUUGGAAAAGGUUGUAGAACCUGGUGCAGCGAAAUCUCUGUCUACAUUAAGGUGAAAAAUUCUUUUCAAACAGAGGUAGAAAUGCUUUCACAUCCCAAGAAAGUCAGCAGGCAAUCUGGGUCAGGUUUUUUGAUAAAUAAACAUUCCAUUGACUGCUCCUAAUUUGAUUUGCAUAAUUACACAACAGGUAUAUUUAUGGGGUGAUUAAAGUCCCCAAAUUUUUACAUUUCUAGUUUAAGCAAUAGGGAGGAAAAGUCAAACUGUGACAUAAAACCAGCCUAAUGGAAGAGCAUACUCAGCACACUACUUUUUAAAUGAGAAAUAUUGAUGGUAAGCUCACAGAAGGAGUACUCUUAUAGGAAUUAAUUUGUCUCUGUUGUCAAGCUGUUUCCUCCUGAAGAUGGUGUGAUUUUGCAGCUUGUCACAAGUUGCAAUAUUUACUUCAAACUAAUUAAAAAUUAAUAAUUCUCUAGUCAGCUGACCAGAUUUAUCCUAUUUAAAGACUUGGCCCGCACAAACUUGGGAUUUUUUACUUUGUUCUUUCGUCAUACUUUUUCUUAUCAUUAUCUUAACAAACCCAUUGCCACAGGAAAAAAAAAAUCUUUUGUGAAUACAUUAAUUAGUUAUGACAGAAGUAGCUGCACUAAUAAGACUAUGCACACACAGAAAUCUGUAAAGAUGCUUAGGAGAAAGCAUGCAACUAUUUGCGGUGGAAAAAUCUAUUGUUUUUAUUACCAGUUUGAGAUUUUAGCAGUAGUAGAGGAACACGCUCCAGAAGAGGUGCAUGGAGGUGCUUGAGUAGCUACAAGGGUGCAAUCUGAAAGCUUGGGCUUGGUUAUACUGGAUAACUUUAACUGACGUGCAUUUGUGGGAUAAAUGGUGAAUACAGUUUAUUUUGGGGAUUAACUUUAACAUUCUUCAUAUUCAGUGUUCUCUUCCUGGCUUAGUCUUGCCACGUGCUGUGACUCUCCUGUUUGAGUGCUCUGUAGCUUUACAUCUAAGAUGAUCAGGAUCUUGAAAGAAUCAAACCACACAGCCCUCUUUCAGUAAAGUAUUGAAGCAUGUGUGUAAGCCCUCCAGAAAGCAGCUGCUUUAUGCACAGGUUGAAGUGCUUCACUGAUUAAUGAUGGAACUAAAAUGCACAUCUCGAAAUAAAUGUGUGCCUAAUUUUAAGCAGGUGAGUGAGCUUGCCAACCUCACUGGGACUAUUCAUUUGCUUUAAGUUAACUGUCUUGAGUGCUUUGCUGCACCAGGGUCUAUACUGUAAAAGCAGGGAUCUGAGAUGGAUCUGUCACUGUCUAGUUAUUUGUUUAUAUAAAAGAUAGCAAAUCCUGUCAGCCUUGACAGGGAGCUGUUAAAUCCUUCAUGUGAUAGUGGUUUGGGUUUAGAUUAUUUAAGCAAAUCACCAGGUUCUCCUUGAACGUAAACAAUGUUUCUUUCCCCGCAACUUUCAGUUUUCAAAGUAAAUGCAGAAUGUAUGUUUUUCAUACCCUGUCUCCUGUUUUAUGUUUGUAUCUUCCUUUUGAGAGAUCAAAGCAUUCACUUUCUAUAUAAUAUGUAUUCACCACACACAUGCAUAUAUAUAUAUAUAUGUGCAGUUACUCACAGAAGAAGUGAGAAACAUAAUUUCCAUGUGAUGUAAAUGAGCAUAAGUGAAAGCUCUCACAGAGCUGUGCUUAUUUACACCACCUGCAGAUUUGACCCUUCAACUUUUAAUAUCUGGCAAGUUGAAAUAGAAAAACUGCAGAAACUUCUGAAAACUUUGAAGACCAAACUGUGCCCUUGAUUUUCAAAUGGAACUUCUCCUGACUACACUUAAAAAAGGGAAUAAUGUAUGAUCUCAACUAUUCUAGCUCCUCCGGGAUGUUUACAUUGCAAAGGUGAUUGUACAUGAAAUGUACCUUCCUUUUAUUGUGCUCUUUUGAUGAUGAACUUUCACAAAACUGACAUCUGUGGCACAGCACUUGUAGUGUGUCUUGUUCUAUCAAUCCAUUAGUUUAGAAAUUACUUUAUUUUCUUACAAAAAUGUGACUCAGUUUCUUCUAUUUGCUUGCAAUCCACGGGCAAUCUGCUUUCAAUCCGAGGAAUGCGUUGCUCUUACUUCUUAGUGUGUCAUGUUUUCCUAUUGCAAUGGAAAAAAAGAGUAAUUGUGCUUUCUAAUUUCAGAGUUGAAACUCAAUAGAACAUUUUUAUGCUGAGUUACAACUACAUGUGUGCAAUACUUGUCUUGCAAAGUAAAAUUCCCAGUAUCUGCCUUGCUUUGAUAACCAUUGCUGCACUGUAGAGGAAGCCUCAGUGAAACAACUCACUUUUUCUCAGUCUGCUGAUAGAAUAAAACACUUAAACCUGGGUUCUCACCUGUGUAAAUCAGUAUCCCUCCAUUGAGUGGGUCAACCUUACUGAGUUUCAGCAGGUGAGGGUUUGUCUCUUAAUAUUGAUCUUGAGAGCACUGCUUUCCAUAAACUUGUAUUCAGCGAGAGCUCUGAAAAGGAAAAAGUUCUGAGAGUCUCAAAAAUGAACCAGAAAGAGGAACAUUUACUAUAAUUUUGAGCAUGUAACAUGGAUUAGAGCUUAAACUGUAUGCUAAAAUUGCUUAGAGAAAAAAUUUCUUCUUCAAAUCGGUUCGAAUUUAGGUAUGGCUCUCCUUUAAGACAGGCUUAAGCUGUUGAGUUGGUGACAAGUGGACCACUGAGAGAAAAUCAUGUUAGUGGGGCAGCACAGCAACUACAGUGCUCAGACCUUGUUGUUUUAUUUUAUUUUGCUUUACUGACUUGAACUUACGUUGUGAGCAGCUAAAGAAUGACAUAAAUCUAAACACAACACAUUUGGGGGACCCCGUUGGAAAUUUCUCAAAGAAUCCACAUCCUUUGGCAACCCUGGGAAAGACAAGGAGAAAGGCAGAAGAAAACUCAGAAGAGAAGCAAAAUUAAAGGUAAAAACAAACUUGGUGAAGGGGGAGGGAGAAAAGGGUGAGUACCACUCAUGUUUAGCAAAGCUGUAUUACUUGUAUGAGAAGCCUCAAUUCCAUCAUACAAGCA